CUGGAAUUCUCAAAGAAAUUUCUGCCAAAUUUCCUGGACUUCUACUUUGGUCUGAUACUGGAACUUAUUUUUGUCAAAAGACUUUAGAAAACCUUCCAGAACUUCUUAAAUCAUUUGAUGGUUUGAUUUCACCAAUUUCUCAUGACAAAAUGCCUAGAUGGACGCAUCCAGGUGUUUACAAAUAUUUUAAAGAUGAUGGUAAAAAAUAUGAUAACGUUACUAAUUGUAGUACUGGAGCAGUGUUUUUGGAUACCAAUAAAACUCAACACAUCAUUGAUAAAUUAUAUAAAUCACCACAAAGAAGUAGUAGGAAAAACCAUCGACAAGAACAAGCUAUAUUUACCUAUUUUGUUACAAAUGACAACAGAAAAUGCAACAUGGAUGCAAUGGAUUUGGAUAUAGUUUAUCAUGAAUUUGAUCGCUUAUGUGAUGGCGAAAAUUAUAUUGAACAACUCGUUAAACCCUUAAAUCAAUCAUAA